CACGGCAGCAGGCCGCAGCGCCAUUUUCCAUUUUCCUCCUCGCUUCGCCCAUCGCUCUCUCUUCCGCUCUGGCUUUAGGGACACGAGAAGCCAGCCAUAUGGGAUUCUGUGCCGUGUCGCUGCUCGUGGAUAUCCAAGCGCCGAGAUUACGCCUGCCAAAGGGUUCCAAGAGGAAGGAUGGGGUUAUCUCGAUAAAACCUAGGCGGAAAGCUUUGUUUUUUAACUCUCAUCUCAGUCUUACAAAGGCGACGCCUUUAUUGCUGCGAAAGUUCAGAUGGCUCCCUCGUAGAUACGCUUUUACUGGCAUAUAAAGACCUAACAUCCUUCAGAACGGAGGUCUUUGAAGCGAAUCAGAAAGAAAAAAGUUCUUUCCUGUAUAUCGGAAGACUUCUUCGAUGGCCAGGGAUUCGGCAAAUGGUAAAGUUCUGUUUACAGAGGAGGAACUUAAUGAAAUUGCUGGGGUUAAAAAGGGGGAGGAUUUUGUCGAGGUUAUUUGUGGUUGCACUAGCCCGCGCUACGGUGAUGCUAUUGGGAGGCUUAAGAUUUUUGCCUCCGGUAAGCUUGAGGUCGCCUGUGAAUGCACUCCAGGUUGCCGGGAAGAUAAGUUGAUACCAUCAGCUUUUGAGAGACACGCCCGUCGGGAGAGCCAAAGGAGGUGGAAGUACUAUGUGUGGGUCAUUGUUAAAGGAAAAAAGAUUCCCCUGUUGAAAACAGCAUUGUUAAAGUACCAUGAAAAAGUUCAUGGUGGAAGCUCACAUAGAGGCAACAAAGGACGAAUAGUUCACCGCGAUGAGUUUAUUCGCUGCAGCAGAUGCGACAAGGAGAGAAGAUUUCGUCUGCAAACCAAAGAGGACUGCAGAGCCUACCAUGAUGCUGUACUCGAUCCCAACUGGAAAUGCUCUGAUUUGUCUUCUGAUGAAUACUGCUGUGAAGAUGAGGAGGAACGCGCCACCCGUAGAUCCAUCAGAGGAUGCUCGCGCGCCGCUUUGUGCAAAGGCUGCACUCUCUGCGUCUGCUUCGGCUGCGACAUCUGUCGCUUCCCCGACUGCGCCUGUCAGACUUGUAUUGAUUUUGUGAGGAACUCAGCCAACAAUUGAGUAGCUUCUUUCAUUGAGAAUAUUUUUUCUUCUUCAUAUUUUAAAUAUUAAUC